CUUCCUUCCUCUGAAGCCGGGAGCAGGCCUACUGAGCCCUCUGGAAAGACCAGAGCACGUUCCAGGAUGCCUUAGCCCCUCUGUGACCCCAGGUGGGGGUGGCUGAGGGUGCUGAUUAGAGGUCUCCCUCCCUGCUUCAGGGGUGGCUGGGGACCACCGUGGAGGCCUGCAGAAUGGAGGGAGAAACUAAGAAGCUGGCAUCUGUGUCCAAUCUGGUGACUGUGUUUGAGAACAGCAGGACUCCAGGAGCAGCAUCCAGAGUCUGCAAGCUGGAGAUUGAACAUCGCCACCCUGGGUGCAGUCCUCCCCCACCUGCAGAGCCGUGGAAGGAGCCCAACCUUGGGGAGACCCUUGAGGGGUCCGAGCCCAGGAUGGUCAGCAGGAGGUACCUGAGCUCCCUGAAGAACAAGCUGUCCAGUGGGCCCUGGAGGAAAUCUUGCCAGCCUGGGACCCACCCUGGGCCAGGGACGCAGGAGCCUGAGGAAAAGAAGAUCGUCCGGGAGCUCCUGGAGACAGAGAAGGCCUAUGUGGCACGCCUCCAUCUACUAGACCAGGUGUUCUUCCAGGAGCUGCUGAGGGAGGCCCGAGGCAGCAAGGCCUUCCCCGAGGAUGUGGUCAGGCUCAUCUUCUCCAACAUCUCCUCCAUCUACCAGUUCCACGCACAGUUCUUCCUCCCGGAGCUGCAGCGGCGUCUGGACAGCUGGACCGCGACCCCCCGCAUCGGUGAUGUGAUCCAGAAACUGGCUCCAUUCCUGAAGAUGUACAGUGAGUAUGUCAAGAACUUUGAGCGAGCGGUUGAGCUGCUGGCCACCUGGACUGACAAGUCCGCACCCUUCCAGGAGGUGAUCACCCGCAUUCAGAGCAGCGAGGCCUCCGGCAGCCUGACUCUGCAACACCACAUGCUGGAACCUGUGCAGAGAAUCCCACGCUAUGAGCUGCUGCUCAAGGAGUACGUCCAGAAGCUGCCAGCCCAGGCCCCAGACUGGGCUGAUGCUCAGAAAGCGCUCGACAUGAUCUUCUCAGCCGCUCAGCACUCCAAUGCAGCCGUCACAGAGAUGGAGCGGCUGCAGGACCUGUGGGACGUGUACCAGCGCCUGGGUCUCGAGGACGACAUAGUGGACCCCUCCAACACCCUGCUCCGUGAAGGCCCGGUCCUCAAAAUCUCCUUUCGCCGCAGCGACCCCAUGGAGCGCUACCUUUUCUUGUUCAACAAUAUGCUGCUCUACUGUAUACCCAAGGUCAUCCAGGUGGGCGCCCAAUUCCAGGUGAGGACCCGCAUCGACGUGACCGGAAUGAAGGUGCGGGAGCUGACUGAUGCAGAGUUCCCCCACUCCUUCCUGGUGUCGGGGAAGCAGCGCACUCUGGAGCUGCAAGCCCGGUCCCAGGAGGAAAUGAUUUCCUGGAUACAGGCCUGCCAAGCGGCCAUUGACCAAAUCGAGAAGCGGAAUGAAACCUUCAAGGCUGCGGUCCAGGGCCCUGAGGGAGACACCCAGGAGCAGGAACUGCAGUCCGAGGAGCUGGGCCUCCGGGCGCCGCAGUGGGUCCGGGACAAGAUGGUGACCAUGUGCAUGCGCUGCCGGGAGCCCUUCAACGCCCUGACGCGCCGCCGCCACCACUGCCGAGCCUGCGGCUACGUGGUGUGCGCCAGGUGCUCUGACUACCGGGCUGAGCUCCAGUACGAUGACAAUAGGCCCAGCCGCGUCUGCUUCCACUGCUACACCUUCCUCACUGGAAACGUGCUCCCCGAGGACAAGGAAGACAAGAGACGGGGCAUCCUGGAGAAAGUGUCUGCAACAGGGUCCGAGCAGAGCCUCAUGUGCAGCUUCCUGCAGCUGGUCGGGGACAAGUGGGGGAAGAGCGGCCCCCGGGGCUGGUGUGUGAUCCCCCGGGAUGACCCCCUGGUCCUCUACGUCUACGCUGCCCCUCAGGACAUGCGGGCUCACACGUCCGUCCCCCUGCUGGGCUACCAGGUGACUGCAGGGACCCAGGCAGACCCCCGGGUCUUCCAGCUGCAACAGUCAGGCCAGCUUUACACCUUCAAGGCCGAAACUGAGGAGCUGAGGGACCGCUGGGUGAAGGCCAUGGAGCGGGCGGCCAGUGGCUGGAGCCCCAGGGGACCCAGUGAUGAAGACCUGUCUGACUGACCCCCAGCUGGCCCCUCUCCCCUUCAGAGCCUGGCUCCUGGCCCGGGCUGACCCUGCGGCCUCUGUGAUCCACCACCCUAAGCUGAGCUUUCAAAUAACCGGUU